CCGGCCCGGCCCGCCCACAGCCAGCCGGCCCUGCUGCAGCAGUGCCACGCCGGCGGCCUGCGCGGAGCGAGAUGGGCCGCGACAUGAUCCUGGUCCCCAUCCUGCUGCUGCGCCUCCUCGCCAUGGCCCCGGCCCCGGCGCGGGCCGAGGGCGUCGCGGCGGCGGCGGAGGAGGUUAAAAUAGAGGUGCUGCACCUCCCCGAGAGCUGCAGCCCCAAGAGCAAGAAGGGGGACCUGCUGAACGCGCACUACGACGGCUUCCUGGCCAGCGACGGCUCCAAGUUCUACUGCAGUCGGACGCAAAAUGAAGGUCAUCCAAAAUGGUUCGUUCUGGGUGUUGGACAAGUCAUAAAAGGUUUAGAUAUCGCUAUGAUGAAUAUGUGUCCUGGAGAAAAACGGAAAGUGAUCAUUCCUCCAUCAUUAGCAUAUGGACAGCAAGGAUACGCACAGGGCAAGAUUCCACCAAAUGCAACAUUGAUCUUUGAGAUUGAACUUUAUGCAGUAAAUAAGGGACCUCGCAGUGUUGAAGCAUUUAAUCAAAUAGACAAGGACAGUGACAGGAAACUCUCUGAACUCGAGAUAAGCCAGUAUUUGAAAGAAGAAUUUGCAAGAGAUGGCAAAAAACGUCACCCCUCAGCACAUGAUGAAAUCUUAGCUGAUAUAUUUAAGAAGAAUGACCAUGAUGGCGAUGGUUUCAUAUCAGCAAAGGAGUACAAUGUCUACCAGCAUGAUGAACUCUAAGCACUCAUAAAAUCUUUGGCUGUUUUCUGGACACUGAAUUAAAAAAAAAAAAUCCUAAAUAAUAUUUCAUCGCAAAAUCUUUUGUAUUUUUUUAUAGUGGCAUCUUUUUAUAUCUAAGGUGACUGUAAAAAUCUUAUUUUUAACACUCAACUAAUAAAAUGUGUUAGGUGUUGCAAAAGAAAUAAAUACAAUUGGAACACAA